CUAUAAAAUUAGAAUUGAUCCAUAUUUUGUUCUGAGUUCAUUGUCUUUAUACAUACAUGUACAUCUUUAUACAUCUCUGAGUAAUUUCUGCAAAAUUAUAAUUGAUCCAUAUUUUAAGUACAUUGUCUUUAUACGUAUUGUUUUGAGUGCAUUAUCUUUGUAGCUUGAUAUCAGUCGAAAUGAAAAUUAUACACUGAAACGUGAGGUCGAAUCAUAUCGAUCGCGUGCAUUCAAUAUUAAUUACGUAUACUAUUCCCGCCGAAAACGCAUAAUUUAUCGUGACAUCGUUUCACGAUUCGACGUAAACUGCCAGCUGCGACCCGUACGCAACAUAUGCCGUCGCAGCAUCGUUAUUUUGUCAAGUUAGAAGGUUGUUUAACGGUGCACGCCCACGCAACGAUUCCCGCGAAACGAUUCGAGGGAAAGAAGAAAAGGCAUAUGCAAUGUACUUGGACGAUAAUACCUCUUUCCGUAGCUGUCGCCUCGCUACCCUCUGACAUGUUUUUCUCGACACCCUUUCGAGAAAUUCCCCUCGAAAUGCCCCCCCGUUUUCGUCAUUCAUCCAAUUUCGACUAGAAACGGUGCAUAGGCUCCUUCACAAUACCGGGGGUACCAUACGGGCGUAUUUACGCGUAUUUUUGGAAAAUCCGUCAAACGUUGCGCAGAAAUGCUGCGGGUUUUGCAUCGGACCCCAUCCCUUUCGUCCCGUUUUUCAACCCUCGUAAUCCAAUUUCCGUGGGCUGACAGGCAGCCGUCCACAAUUUCCAGUAAUGACCCGGCAUGCUUUUUGAUUGAAAGUUCGAUGUACGAAUGCGUGUAAAUAAUUAACGUUCAAUACGAAUGCUCUAUGUUCGUUAUCAAGCAAAUAAUUUGAAUGGGUAGUGGGUUAACGAGAAACCGCUAUUCAUUUUGUGCAACGUUCCAACCCUUUGUUCGAGUCUCCCUUACAAUGUCUUUAAUGCCUAUCAUUGAGGUAUACCAUUUUAAUAAAACCGGCAUUUUCUGCGUACAAUAUCACAUUCAUUAUUUCUGAAUACUAACAUACAAUUGGUCAUUUUAUUAUACAAUAUUGCAAACUGAUGUAUUGCAUAAAACAUUACCCAAUGAAUACACGCUAUAACAGGAAAACAUAUAUUGUUAUAUACAUGCGGUACAGAAUUAAAAUUGUAAAAUUAACAGUCUACGUACGCCAUAAUUCAGUCCGACUGAUAAAAAUCUAUAAUCCACAAUACGCAUCGUACAAUUAUCGUAUCCUGUCAUGACCUGCACAUUUCUUAUCGAAAAAUGUAUCUAAAUGAAUCUAAAUUGAAAAAGUCAUGCAAGGGUUCAAGAACCACGACAAAAUCGUUGGGAUCAUUUCAGAAAUCAUCUGUACGGGGAUGUAGCAAAGGUUGUUUCGAUGGAGUGGUGGGGAUGUUUGUGUAGUGGCUCUUCGAAGGUGGUAGGGACGAAAACGAUGUGACAGGCCCUUCACAGGGCACCGUGCCUGCACCUAACAGUAACCUGGGAGAGCCCAGAGAGGCGUAAGCGUGCGAAGAUCAUAGAUUAACACCUUGUCGAGGUGUUUAAAUUUCUUGUAGAGGGUAGCAGCUGUUAGGUCCUUCGACCCUCUGUUCCUUCCAUCUUAUUCCUAUUUGACCCUUUGCACAAUUUCCCGGGAAGGCGACUUCCUAGCGCAGAAAUGCUCUCCCCGGAUCUUUUUGUCCCGGCGAAACGAUUCGUAGAAAUCGUAAAAUUUGUAUCGAGUGGCUCGUUGCUUGGAGGGUUCGUUUGACCGACACCGAAGGUAAACCCCUCGGUUUACCUCCCUCGACGCCACGUGCCAAUGACGUUUCACCGACGUUGCUGAAGUCUUGAAAGAAACGAUUGUUCCUGAACUCGUGUGUGAUUCGAAGAGAAAAAGUGUUUACCCGCGAGUUCUUGGACGAAAGAAAACAUGCGCGAUAAAACUUCAUGUGAUGUUCGAUGCAAUUGUGUUGUUUGGUGACGCAUUAUUUGCACUUCGGAUGUUUAUUGAACGGCCUUGAAACGAAGAUGCUCGAUGAUUGUUGAACGAGAACGAUUGGUGGGAUCGAAAGGUUUACUGAAAGACGAAAAGUGAAACGGUAGAGGAUUGGGUCUGCCACCCACGAACCAGCGGUCUUGGACGAUGGCGAACGAGACGACGACGAUAUCGGAAUUGACGGAAUUGGACAGCGAUGGAUCGAGUUGCGGGGAACGGGACGUCAGGAAACGUCUCCGAGUUGACGCAGAUUCGACCGGGCCGAAGAAGAGACGAAAACAGACGACCCCCGUAAGAUUCUCGUCCGCGCUGAUGAUGAGCGGCGUGCACGAGGAAUCGAACGAGGACGAGGACGAGGACGAGGACAGCGAAGGUAAGCUGUCGUCGCAGUCACCCAUACCGAGUCAAUCGUCGAUCAGGGACGAGAACCUCAAUAACGAAUUCCGUUGCCAGUACUGCGGUCAGUUUUUCGAUAGCAAGGAUACGUUGAACGUUCACCUCGAUAACGAGCACGGUUCCGCGAAUCAGUCGUCUCAGCAGGGUCAAAGCGGAUACUCGAGUAGCGCGAUUAAACAGGAACCGUCUCAGCAACUGGACCAAACCGAGACUCCCGUUAAUCUGCUUAGCGUGAAGAAUUUCGCGAUAAAUUGGCUGGCUACCGGACAACACGUGCAAUCGCACGUGCAAAUGCAGCCGCAGAACGAGGACUCGUGGCCGGGCGGUACAGCCAGUCAAAUCACCUCGUUGCCCAAUCACCUGCAGGUACUCUCUUCCGGUUUCCCUGGUUCCUUGACGCAGUACCUAUCUCUGCCCACGUUCCCGUUAACGGACUCCGGUCCGAUCGCGAGAUCUUCGAUAGGACCGACGCCGGUGAGAAUCUUUAAUCCGGACGCGUACUGCGAUCUGUGCAAUAAAGAGUUCUGCAACAAGUAUUUCCUGAAGACGCACAAGGCGAACAAGCACGGGAUCUACGCGGAUUCGCCGGGACCCAGCUCGGUAGACAAUAACGUCGUAACUCCCAUGUACCCCGCUAACUUUUCUAGCAACCUAGUCAAACUGGAACCACCCGCGACGCCACCCACGCCCAGCGUACCCUGCGACCUCUGCCAGAAACGCUUCAAGAACGAGGAUUCGAUGCGCAAGCACAAACAGAAAAUGCACACCGAUUUGCCGGAUCAGACGCAGGAACCUCAGAUCAAUCUAUCUCAGAACGAGGAGGACACGGAAACACCGAGAAACAAUUUCGCGAGCAUCGAGUCAUUUUUCAAACAGGAAUACGGAGUGGAACAGGAGGACGCAUCUUUCAUGCCUGCGCCUAGACACCUAUCUCCCCAGUCGAUUCAACAGGCACGGGACUCCGGUUUUAACGCUGAUCGGCUUCGACGCUUAGGGGUGAUAAAUCCGGAGGCGUUUUGCGAGAUCUGCUGUAAAGAGUACUGUAACAAGUAUUUCCUGCGGACGCAUAAAAUGAAGAGGCACGGCAUCGUCGUUCAAGAUAGCGAGAGGUCGCCGGGUAAUCCAGGAUCAGCGCCCACUUGGCAUCAAGUGCAAACUAGCCCGUUAAAUUUGUGUCAAUCGUCGAUCAGGGACGAGAACCUCAAUAACGAAUUCCGUUGCCAGUACUGCGGUCAGUUUUUCGAUAGCAAGGAUACGUUGAACGUUCACCUCGAUAACGAGCACGGUUCCGCGAAUCAGUCGUCUCAGCAGGGUCAAAGCGGAUACUCGAGUAGCGCGAUUAAACAGGAACCGUCUCAGCAACUGGACCAAACCGAGACUCCCGUUAAUCUGCUUAGCGUGAAGAAUUUCGCGAUAAAUUGGCUGGCUACCGGACAACACGUGCAAUCGCACGUGCAAAUGCAGCCGCAGAACGAGGACUCGUGGCCGGGCGGUACAGCCAGUCAAAUCACCUCGUUGCCCAAUCACCUGCAGGUACUCUCUUCCGGUUUCCCUGGUUCCUUGACGCAGUACCUAUCUCUGCCCACGUUCCCGUUAACGGACUCCGGUCCGAUCGCGAGAUCUUCGAUAGGACCGACGCCGGUGAGAAUCUUUAAUCCGGACGCGUACUGCGAUCUGUGCAAUAAAGAGUUCUGCAACAAGUAUUUCCUGAAGACGCACAAGGCGAACAAGCACGGGAUCUACGCGGAUUCGCCGGGACCCAGCUCGGUAGACAAUAACGUCGUAACUCCCAUGUACCCCGCUAACUUUUCUAGCAACCUAGUCAAACUGGAACCACCCGCGACGCCACCCACGCCCAGCGUACCCUGCGACCUCUGCCAGAAACGCUUCAAGAACGAGGAUUCGAUGCGCAAGCACAAACAGAAAAUGCACACCGAUUUGCCGGAUCAGACGCAGGAACCUCAGAUCAAUCUAUCUCAGAACGAGGAGGACACGGAAACACCGAGAAACAAUUUCGCGAGCAUCGAGUCAUUUUUCAAACAGGAAUACGGAGUGGAACAGGAGGACGCAUCUUUCAUGCCUGCGCCUAGACACCUAUCUCCCCAGUCGAUUCAACAGGCACGGGACUCCGGUUUUAACGCUGAUCGGCUUCGACGCUUAGGGGUGAUAAAUCCGGAGGCGUUUUGCGAGAUCUGCUGUAAAGAGUACUGUAACAAGUAUUUCCUGCGGACGCAUAAAAUGAAGAGGCACGGCAUCGUCGUUCAAGAUAGCGAGAGGUCGCCGGGUAAUCCAGGAUCAGCGCCCACUUGGCAUCAAGUGCAAACUAGCCCGUUAAAUUUGAUCGUCGCGGAGAGCGCCAGCAGCACCGAGUCGAACGAGCGGCCAGGGGACGACUACGAGUGCAAACCCUGCGGAAUACGAUUCCAGACCAUCGAUCUUUAUCAGACACAUUGCCGGAAGAUGCACGAGAGCGAGGAGCAACGGUCCCCUAAGCAGGAGUGCGAACUGGAGACACCGACCGACCAGCCGAACGAUUCCAUCUCGGAGGAUCUUCAAAAAUUGCAGACGAUGCUGUUACAGCUGAACGGACUGAAGUCCAGCAAGCAGGGACUGUCGUGCAACGUGUGCGGAAAGGAAUACGACACCAGAACCGCGUUGCACAUUCACGCGACGACCGAACACGCGUCCAUCCCUGAAGACCCGACCUCGCCGCAGGAAAAGUCACCGUUAACCGCGACGUCCAUGUUCUGCACCCUGUGCGGGAAGGACUACGCGAGCCAGGACGCCCUCAGAAGACACAUAACGGAGGAACAUCAGCCACCGAUUAUGAACACCCUUCCUCAAACACCGGCAACUACCUCCACCACGACCAACUCGAACGCGACGAGUCAAAGCACCUCCGAGAGGAAGGUGACGUCGAUGACGCCCACGUCGAGCUACUGCGAGAUAUGCAACAAGGAGCUGUGCAAUAAGUACUUCAUGAAGACCCACAUGCAGAGGAUGCACGGCAUCGAGAUCGAGAACGGGGCUCAGAUCGGUGGCGUGAUAUGCAACAUCUGUAACAAAGAACUGUGCAGCAAGUACUUCCUACGAGUGCACAAGCAUAAUACUCAUGGAAUAGUGGACGAGAACGCGCCCAGUUCGGUGAAACAAGAAGCGCUCGAGGCCACGAACACCGACGACGCCCUGAAGCCGGAGCAACUCGGGGAUUUGAGUCACAGGUACUUCACCCACUUUACGGAGGUUUGUCCGAUCUGCAGCAGAAGGUUCCGCAGCAUAAAGUGGCUGAAGGCUCACUUGAUGGGCGAGCACGGGAAAGCGGGCAUCGACAAAUGGCGCGAGAUGGAACAACAUUAUCAGACAGCGUCAAGAACAACGAACAGGACCACCAGCACUCCGAAGAAUACUCAGCAGGGCUCGAACUUGAAGAUACCGAACGGAUUCGAGAUUACGCAGCAACACAAGUCGGCCGACUACACCGGUUUGGGGAACCAAGUGCUGUCUAAUUUGCUGGGAUCAUCCUCCGAGGAUCAACAACUGAAGAGCUAUCGUUGUUCCUAUUGUACGUUCACGACCACCGUGCUGCCGUUCCUCUUUCUUCACGAGAGAUCUCACGUGCACUCCCGGGAAAACGCGGAGGGGGAGAAAUCACUUCAGUGCCCGAUUUGCUCGCAGAGCUUUCAUCAGCCCGAGCUGUUGCAUCAACAUCUACUCGCGGCGCACCAGUUUCCCACGUUGUUGUCCCAUUUUCCACCGCCGAUGCUGAACAAUUUAACACCCGACGCGGAGAAACUGAACGAGGUCAAGGAGAGGCUGGAGCUGGAGACAAAAGAGGAUCGUAUCGGGAACAGUCCGCAAGUCACUGCCAACAAAAGCGUCCCGGAGCCGAUCAGGAAUCAACGACAGGACGACACGACGGUUCAAGUCACUCCUCAGGGUGUGUACAAGUGCGCGCAGUGUUGUUACGCCACGACAAACUUGAACAGGAUCAAAAAGCACGUCAGAAAGGAUCACAGGACCAUCGGUGACCCCACCGACAGCGUGAUAGCGGAGCUAGGUAGAACACUGAAGGACGUUGCCAACAGACACAAGGUGCCGGCUUGCUACGCGAUGCCGCAGGACAUGAACUCGAAUCCUGACAAAACUAUCAUGCAACCGUUCCUCAUCGAGGAACAGGACGCGAUGCAAGCCGGCGAGGAGUCCGGCUCGGAUAAACGAUUCGCGCCGGCUUUGGUUUAUUUACCGGUUAAAUCGAGAAUCAACAACCCCCUCACCGCAUCCUUCACCCUCAGCCCCGCUUGAAUCCAUUUUACCUCCAUGAUCCGCGGAUUUUUACAACUCGUUUCUGCGUCUGCGAUUUGAGCACGUGUUAUUGGUUCCUAUGUAAUGUGUAAGCAGAUAGUUAGCGAAAGUUAUAUUUUUCAUAUAAGCUCGUAUGGAGCUCCAUAUUCAUUCAUUUAAUCUACCUUGAUGGAAUCGUUGGGGAUACUUUCGAGCUACGAACGAUUCGGAAAGGAGCAGUUAGGUCUGGGGAAAAUGGUGGUGUAAGACAUUUUGGAAUAUUUUAAAAUUUCUAAGGUUUCACAAGUUCCUAAAUAUUUUAACUCUUUUAGUCCCUCAAUUUUCGAACCCAUGAGUGCCGCCAUUUUCCUGAAGUCAUGCUCUGUUCUUGAGACUUCGUGUUUUUCGUGCCAUCGUCUUGAUUGUUUCGUGAUUUGUCUUACGAUAGUACAUAUUCCAGGAAUAGUAUUAAAGGCCAAUAGAAUACGGAUCCUAGUUAAAAUUGUCCUCUCUCGGACAUAGAAAAGGUCCCGUGUUUGCAAGCUAUUACGUUGUUAUAACGUUCGAAUUGGAGAACGUUGUAUUGUAAAUAGUUUAAUCGUAUAACUAACACGAACGGGUGAUCGAAAAAAGUUCCUAUUUUAAAUGCGACCUCCGACGAACACGUGUUCGAUUUUCUCGAGCAACAAUCUCCAUUUGUUUGUUUAAUCAUUCUAACAUUUUUGCUUUUUGCUCAAGUCCAGGAAAUACGAGCGUAAAAAUGAAACGAUAGAAAACAUGACGCCGCCUCGAUGAGUGGUCGUAACCGAAAUGACUUUCAUUUUCGCGAUCGUGCUAGUCAAUAUUUUAUAUAUAUACAUAUAAAUAUAUAAGCAAAGUUGAAAGAUGGGAAAGAAGAUUUAGAGAGCUAUUUAUAAUAUAUGCGUAAGAUACGACGAGAAAAAAAGAGGCAGGAGAAUGCGAGACGAGAAAUGUAAUUAUAAAAGUGAACGAGAACACGGUGUAAAUUAUCGUCGCGACGUAUAACUGUGAGACGAGCAUGAUUCAUUCUACGAUUAUUUAGAUAUCAACGAGCAGAGAAAGCCAAUCAACUCAGGGUCGAAAACAGUAUAACCCGCAACAAAAAGUACAAUCGUAUACACAGCCAACGCAUCGCAUAGAAUUUAAAAUAAAAUAUAUCGAUAUAUUCGCGGAUAUCAAUUAUACACCCUCGGUCUCUUCCGAUUUUGCUGGAGAUCGAACGACCAUACGAUUUAUCGAUGCCCAACUUUUUCUAAUCUUAAAACUAAUGGAAACUCUCUCAUCAUGGUGAUGGGCAAUUAGGCCUGUGAUGGUGACAGUGCUCGUGGGCACUGGGGAGUAUUUGGUAAUUUGAUUAAUGUACUUUCAAAUUUGGAAAUUUUUACUGAUCAAAUUUUUAUGUUAGAGAGUUUACGAAAUAUCGAAUUGCACAAUUUGUAAAUUCUCCAAGCCCCAAAUUCUCAUAUUUGUAAAUUCCCAAAUCCCCAAACUCUC